AUGACGUCGCCGUUCCCCAAGUCAACGUCCCUCCCCGGUGAUGGCCGCAUCGUCGUGGGACGCCUCCCCGCCGGUGGCAGCGGCCUCGAGACCAUCAGCUACCAGUACCCUCUGAAGCUGAUCGCACCGUCACCCACAGUCGCCCAGAAGGCCGCCCUCGUCUUUCUCCUCUCCUAUGGAGGCGGCCUGGUAGGCGGCGACGGCGUCAAGCUGUCUAUCCACGUCCGCCGCGGAGCGAGCCUCAGCCUGGUCACUCAGGGCCACACCAAGAUAUUCAAGUCUGCAACGCCCGACAUCGUGACCAGCCAGAGGCUGCAGGUGCAAGUGGAUGAAGAGGCCGCCGUCUGCCUCCUCCCGGAUCCCGUCCAGCCAUUCGAAGACAGCGUGUACGAGCAGGCUCAGGUCUUCACCGUGGGCAAGCGGGCAUCGCUGUGCCUCCUGGACUGGGUGACGCAGGGAAGGGCGGCGCGCGGGGAGGACUGGAGCUUCACGAGAUGGACGGGGCGCAACGAAGUCUGGACACAGGGGGCCGACCCGGGACAAAGGGGGAGGCUGCUGAUCAGAGACAACGUCAUCUUGAGCCAGGAUGCCAGCAAGGUGGCUGGUCUACAGCUGAAAGAGACGAUGCACGGGUUGAGCGUCUUGGGGACUCUUAUACUCACAGGGCCCGUCAUGGCGUCUAUGGGAGACUUUUUCAUGGCCGAAUUCGCCGCGCUGCCCCGGAUAGGAUCUCGCGACUUUCGAUCACGGGAGGAUCGAGAAAACGACUCUGGGGAGAAGCCGGAGUUUGAGCGGUGGCGAGCACAGAGAAUCGAGAUGGAGAGGCAGCAGGGCAUCCUCUGGUCAGCGGCCCAGGUCCGGGGGUGUGUCAUUGUCAAGUUUGGGGCCGCAACGGUGGAGGCUGGACGGUCGUGGAUUGGCACAAUGUUGGCGAGACAAGGGAGCAUCGCCAGCUAUUUUGGUGAUGCGGCUCUCAUGUGCGUUGGAAGAACCAUCAAUUUCUUUUACUGA